AUGUAUUGUUGUCUGACCCUCCUGCAGGUUUGCACUUUAACCAAGGAGGACAACCGUGCAGUGCGUAACAUCCCUGAGGAUGAACAGCUCCACGUCCUACCCCUCUAUAAGAUCUCACAGAGGGAUGAGUUUGGCCGUGCCGAUGGCCAGUGGGACAAGAUCCAGACUGGGGCCCUGCAGGUGCUGUCAGCCUUCCCCAGAGAGGUGCGUCUGCUGGCUGAGCCGGUGAAAUCAGCCCGUAAGAGGAAGCAGGAGGCCAAGCUGAAGGCCCAGGCUGACAAACAGGCUGCAGCUCAGGACAGGAAGCCUGGACAGAGUCCACUAACCCCGGGCAAGGUCAAGACAGAGAGCACCAACAAAGGUUCCAAAAGCACUUCAUCAGUGGAUCAGUCCUCCUCGUUCAAAGCAGAGCCUCAGUCCUUCUACAGCUCUUUCACACCAGGAAGUGUGGGUGCCUAUGCUCCAGAGUCUAACUCCCCUAGCCCUUACCACCACAGCACUCCCACCUACCCCACUCCUCCAGGAAGAUCCACCCCAGGGAUGGAGGCUCUUUCCACCCAGUACGGAUACAGAGGGCCACUAGGGGCCCAGUGCAAUGGUUCCCCCCUCCAUUAUAAGACAAUGGGAGAGGCUGUAAAUGGUUACUCCCCAGGACUCAUCAGAAAGCAGCUGGCGAACACUGAGAGAUGUGGGACACCUGGCGACUACCCCCCCAGGACGUUUAAAAUGGAACCCAACGAGGUGCACUGCUCCCCUCUCGUCAGACCCCUCCACGGCCACAGUACUCCUCCUCCAUCCUCCUCCUCCUCCUUCUCCGCCCCCCUCCCAUACCCAGAGGGUCUCCACAGCAGACUCAACGGGCUCCCCAGGGCAGCGGAGGAGAUCGGGGACGGGGUUAAAGGUCAUGGAGGUCAUGACCUCCCCCACUGUGCCCCUCAUCUCCCCCACUGUGCCCCCCAUCCCCCUCAUCUCCCCCUUCAGGCCACUCCCCCUCUCUUCCCCAACCCGGAAGAGGUCAAACAGGAACAGGAAGAGGUGUGGUCAGACAGCGAGCACAACUUCCUGGACAGUGACAUUGGCGGGGUGGCGGUGGCUCCCUCCCACGGUUCCAUCCUGAUUGAGUGCGCACGCAGAGAGCUCCACGCCACCACCCCCAUCCUCCGACCCGACCGCAGUCACCCCACCCGCAUCUCCCUGGUCUUCUACCAGCACAAGUCCCUCAACGAGCCUGACCACGGCCUGCACAUGUGGGAGGCAAAGAUGGCCCGGAGGGAGCGGGAGAGGGAGGAGGAGGCUGAGAGGCUAGGGAUGGGCCUGGACCUGGAAGAGGUUAGCCCGGUCAAGGGGAAGGGGAAGAGGGGGAAGGGGGCCGGGGCUGAGAGUGUAGAGCCUGAGGAGGAGGUAGAAGAGGAGGGCCCGGAGGAGAAGAAAGGGGUGUUGAAGGUUCCUACCCGGCAGGCGGUGACCGUAGCGCGGGAUGGGGUGGUCACUGUGUCCCCUUAUGCUCUGACACAGGUCACGGGCCCCUACAACCGCUGGACAUGAUACUGUUAUGUACACACACGUACACAAGCACACACUCACUCACAGACACAUACAGCGAUUACAUUUUAACACACACACACACCACCCUGUGCUACUGCCUUACCUCAAUCAACUUUACACUUCUAAUCUCCUUUUUCUGUGUUAUUUCGUUGUGUUACUUUUUCCAAACGUCUGUCUGUUUAUUUUUGUUUCUCUUCGUCUCUGCUUUCAAAGGGAUGAGGAAGAAUAUCGUUUGUGGGUUUUUAACUGUGACUUUUAGUGUUUGGUGAUGAUUUUUGGGGUCUGGUUUUUUCAUGUAAAGAGAUGGUGCUCAGAACCAAUUUUAAAUACGUUUAUAAACUGGUUUUAAAUACAACUUGAUUAAUAAGAACAAACAAGAUGUGAUUAUUUAUUCCAGCCUAUUUUAAAAAACUAUUUUUUUAUUUUAUUUCUUGGUGCAAGCCUGUUUACUGCAAUUUUGCUGUCAUCCAGCAUUUUACACUAGUAAACACUCAUGUCAAGUCUCUAUGGUCUUUGUUUCAGCCAAGAGUGCUCUUUUCACAAAAGGAGUUUUAUCAAUGAUUGAUCAUGUAAUGGUGCCAUCUGUAGCAGCAACUUUCGAUAAACACACCACAUAUUACACAGUAUGUCAGACUAGACUACACACAUUUACUCUAGUUUUAUGUGAAAAUAAUGUACCCAUGUAGCAUGGUGCUUUUCCUUCUCUUCCCGUUCCUCUAUUGGUGGUCAUGAAGGAACUUUACUACCUUGUUUUGGGCUGGAUCGUUUUUGUCUUUUUGUUCAACGUACAGAUAGAUAUGAUAUGAUGACAUAUUGAAAAAGCACUUUUUUAUUUUUCAUAACUUGAAAAAGGUUCCGUUCCAAUAUGUACAGAUAGAGAGAUAUAUCCGACAGCUUGUUUGAAACCUGUUCGUUUUUUUGUUGUAGAAUGAUUUAAUUCAACUAUGAAUUUGUAACAUUAUAAAUUACAUAUCAGUCUCACAAAAAAAAAUGGCUUACUAAGCAAUUAUGAAAUGCUGCAUAUAAAGAUUGUGUCAGAUUAUGGUGCUUGUUGUCAACGACACUUAAUUUUUAUGAAUCUGGAUAACCAUGUAUGUUCACUGAAGACCUGGGUUCAAAUACAUGUGUAUUUGAGUAUCUGGUAUUUAAAAUGCUUUUUUCUGUGUAUUUGAGUAUUUUCAAAAUACACAGCCCAAAAUAAGUACUUUUAUUUGAGUAUUUUAAUGGUUGAUUGUAAAAACCAAAUUGAUAGUAUUUUCAAAUACCUGGGUUAAAUGCAUGGGAAUGUAUUUGCAUCAGUGUAUUUGAGUAUUUUCAAAUACUUUCCAAAUUUCCAGAUGCAACUACUUGUCUUUUCAAAUAAUUACUUUGAAUGUAUGGGAAAGUAAUUGAGAUAUUUGAAAUAGCAUUUUAUUUAUAUAUUUUUUGAAUUUGACUCCCUUUUCGUGGUAUCCAAUUGUUAGUAGUUACUAUCUUGU